AUGACAUGGACUGCCGCGCUGAUAUGGCACUUUCUCUCCUCACGCUCAAUCGCACCCACACGAGGCUUGAGCAUCCAGUCACCAGGGAUUAAAACUGGAUUCCCUAUUCUAACAUUCACCAGCGUGCUCGCACUAUGGGUUGACAAAGAAAGUGGAUUCGGCGUUAGAAGAAUGACAACAGUAGCAUCGACUCCAAUCAUGGAUACAAUGAUGUGGACCUUCCCGUCUAUGAUACGGUUUCGGUCCAGAACUCAACUGAGUUCAGCGACGACGACUGAUGAGAUGAGGUAG